AUGUCUGAAUGGGACCGUUGGGUUAUAACGACUGAUGACAGGGUCAAGCAUGAUGCUCAAUUUCAGUUCCUUAAACCUGUUGGUGGUUAUAUAACCGGUGAUCAAGCAAGAGUUUUCUUUAUGAAGUCAGGUUUAUCAGUUAUGGUCUUGGGGCAAAUAUGGGCUCUUGCAGAUAUGGAUAUGGAUGGAAAAAUGGACAAGAAAGAGUUUUCAAUAGCUAUGUUCCUCAUAAAAAAAACAUUGGAAGGUUUACCUUUGCCUCCUACUUUGCCUCCAGGUCUCAGGAAAGAUCCUCAACCCGCAUUUAUUACAUCAGGUGUUACUCUUUCAUUGAGCUUAGUGAGCGAUUCAGGACAUAAUGGUCUUUGUUCUGUAUCAUCAAACGGGCAAGAUUCUAAUCCAGCAUCUACAGCUUACCAGGAUUGGAUUAUAACAUCAGCCAAUCGUCCACGCUAUCGACUUCUUUUCAAUCAACAUGAUCGAAAUAAACGUGGCUUUCUCACAGGCGUAGAAGCAAGAAGUAUUCUCUCACAAUAUGGCCUUCCAAACCCCAUACUUGCUCAUAUCUGGAAUCUUGCAGAUUUGGAUAAAAAUGGCAAUUUAAACUGCGAUGAAUUUUGUAUUGCAAUUUUUUUAAUUGAAAAAGCAAUUUCUGGGUCUCAACUUCCAAAUACGCUCCCUUCUGGUCUUCUUCCUUCAAAUCAACCGCGCGCAUUUGGGCACACAUCUCCUAGCGUUACUGCCAAACAAGAUAAUGAAUCCAAGGAAAGCAAAUCAUAUUUAAGUUUUGAAGAUAAACGAAGAGAAAAUUUUCGGCAAGGUCAAGCAGAACUCGACAGACGAAAGCAGGAGUUGGCUGAAAAAAUGCGUCUAGAUGAAGAAAUUCGUUUGGAGAAUGAGCGAUUAGAAAGGGAGAAGCAACAAAAAUUACGUAUGGAGAAAGAGCGUCAGCAAGCUGUAGAAGCUGAAAAACAAGCAGAACUUUCAAGACAACUGGAAGCUCAGCGAGAACAACGUCGUCGUCAAGCCGUUGAACAUAGGAUGAAGGCAGCACGUGAUGCAGAAAAGCAACGUCAAAUAGAAUCAGAACGGAUUCGAACUGAUGCUCUUUUAAAGGAGCGUAAUCACAUACAAACUUUGCUCGAGCAGGCUGUUGCUCAUCGCGCAAGUCUGCUUGAAUCAGCAUCAUCUCAACAACAACGUUUAUUGGAAUUAGACUCUCGUCUUACUGUCGCACAAACUGAAGUUGAUUCCCAUAAAACAAGCAUUAAUGAAAUGCGUAGUAAACGUGAUGCUUAUGAGCGUGAUAUUCGAGAUAUGACUGAACAAGUGGAAGCUGCAAAAGCUGAACUUACUCAUUGGCAGAGAGAAAAAGAACAAUUAAGCUUACGAAUGGCUGCUGGAGUAGAUAUGAAUCCUGUUAUGGAACAGUAUAAGACAUUACAGUCAAUGCGUGAAGCACGUAUUAAAACGAUUGAGCAAUUAAGAAACAAGUUGAAUGAAUUAGAUCAAAAUAUGACCCAGCAAGGUCAUGAACUGGCUACUAGACGUAAUAAGAUCGACGAUUCACAAGAUCGCGUCACACGGACAAUGCUUGAUUUAGUUGAUCUACGACAUUCUGUUGAACAAAAAAUGCAAGCAUAUAAAUUGAAAAGAAAAUCUACCGAUUUAUCCAUAUCCACUUCAACUACCAUUGGAAGUACACAAAAAGAGUUAUAUGAAGCAAUGUUUGACUUCACUGCUAGACAUCCGGAUGAAUUAUCAUUUACGACUGGAACGUUGAUUGAUGUUUUCGUAAAUGCUCCGACUAAUGUUGGCCCAGGUUGGUUAUAUGGUCAAAUUAAUGAUAAAGUUGGCUUAUUCCCUGAAACGUAUGUACGAAAAAAGUCGAUGGGAAAAUUGAUCCAUUUGAUCCUUUUGGUGUUCAUAAAAUAA